CUAUAGCAGUCAUACAGUGGCGCUAUGUGAUUACGUGGAGGUACUCUGAAAUGGGAACGUUGGAGGAACUUUUAUUUUGAAAUGUUGAACUCGGGUCCCUAACGUGAUUGCGAAAGCAAAGAGAUAGUAGGCGCGAAGAUUGAUGAUGAGAUAGUUUCGAGAUCUGAAAACAAUGCGCAUAUAUUUCUGUGGAAGCAUCCGAGGAGGAAGACAGGAUAUAGAUAUAUAUCAGAGAAUAGUGCACAAAUUACAGAGCUAUGGGCAAGUGUUGACGGAACAUGUCAGUCGAAGUGAUAUUUCCGAAAUGGGCGAAAAUGCUGGUGUGCAAGGAGACAAAGCAAUCCACGAUAGAGAUGUCCAGUGGCUCACGACGUCCGAGGUUGUCGUUGCUGAGGUGACGCAGCCCUCGCUUGGAGUUGGGUAUGAGCUUGGCCGAGCUGUUGCCAUGAACAAGAGGAUACUAUGUCUCUUCCGUCCAUCCUGUGGGCGAGUGCUCUCUGCAAUGAUCCGUGGAGCUGAUGAUGGGUCUCCAAAUUCAUGCUUCCAAGUGCGGGACUACCAGGAGGACCAAGUGGAGAGAGUCCUGGAUGAUUUCUUCAGUGACUCCUUCUCCAAGACCUGAAUGUUGUUAUUUUCGGUGAACAUCUGACAAAGACAAGCUUUCUGUUUAAUAGACAGCAGCUUAAAAAUUAAUCAUCAACUGCUGAUGUUAAUGGAAAUCCAAAAAAUUAACUACAUGAGAGCUUAAUGUUUCUGUACCAGAAGUUUACUCAGAAAAAGAAAAGUCUUUCUUAAGUUUGUGCACUAUUGUAGUACCCUGCCUCUCUAGUACAAAUGAACCAAAAAACCUCUUUCUCCCUAAUGCCUUGGAAUACUGAUUCUGAUCAAUAAAGUAUUGUGUGUUUGAAA